GUAAUCUGCACAGUUCUGGCACAGGUGGAACAAGGUACCUUUGGAGAAAUGGAAAGAAUUUGCUGUGGGAGCACAUUUCUAGAUGCUAUUUUGCAGAUCUAGACUUGGGCCUCCACCAACUGCCAAAGUUGACCAUCGAGCAUAUUCAUUUAACAUCGUAUGCUAAAAUGAGGGUUAAUUUGGCAGUGCAAAUUCUUUCCAAAUCUAUGGCAGAAGCCCUCCGAAGAAGCAUGCCCCUGGAAGAAGUCUCAGAAACCGCAACUUUCUGUCAGCUGAUGAACGACUUCUUUGAUUGUUGCAAUGUUCGAUCGGGUCAUGAGCAUCAGAGAAAGCAGAACCCACUCCUGGCACCUUAUGAGAAAUGUGAUGAUCCACGCUUUGUGUGGUUGACUGACACUUUUCUUCAGUACUUUGUUGACUGGAAAGAAGCGAUCAGCAAGAGAGAAGGUUUCACCCCAGACGGGAUGACACGAAUGUUUAUCUCAAUUCAGACAUAUGAAGGUCUACAAAUGUCAGUGAACAGUCUGAUUGAAUGCACCAAGUUUUUGUUAGGGAAUGGAGUAUCAUAUGUCCUCACUGAGCGCUUCAUGCAAGACUGCCUUGAGGAAUACUUUGGCCACCAAAGACAACGCGGGCGAAGAUCUGACAACCCGGAUGCAGUCCAGUUUGGAUACAAUGACCGUAUUUUGCAGAUCCAAAGAAAUGCCGGCCUUGUGUCACGAGGGAAUGUUGGAUCACGACGAAAAGCGGGUGAGUCACGAUGGGCUACUAUUAGGGAAGAGCCUUUACCCAAGAAGAAGAAGGAAAAGAAGCAGAAUUAA